GACUUCGAUUUGGAGCGACACGACUGGGGGCGAAAAGGUCUGGAAGCGAAACAGCUGCAAUUCAACAGAGAUAAUUUUUACGAAGUUUUUGUUAAAUAAAGUCCACCUCCAAGAUGAGUACACAUACAAAUGGUUUGGGACACAAUGAAAAGGUGGCAAUCUUGGAUGCUGGCGCUCAAUAUGGCAAAGUGAUUGAUCGAAAGGUGCGUGAGCUGAAUGUGGAUACCGAUAUUCUUCCAUUGGAUACACCUGCCUUCCAGUUGAAAGAACGUGCAUACAAGGCAAUCAUCAUAUCGGGUGGCCCAAACUCUGUGUAUGCUGCCGAUGCUCCUGUAUACGACCCUGAGAUCUUCCAGUGCGGUAUUCCUCUCCUUGGAAUCUGUUACGGAAUGCAGAUGCUGAACAAGGAGAUGAACGGCACUGUUGAGAAGAAGGUUCAGCGGGAAGAUGGCCAGUUCAAGAUUUCAUUGGAGACAAAGUGCCCCUUAUUUAAGUGUCUUCAGAAGGAGGAAGAGGUGUUGCUGACCCACGGAGACAGUCUCGCCAAACUCGGCAAUGGUUUAUCCGCGAUAGCGUAUUCAGGGAAUAUCAUCGCAGGUAUAGCAAACGAAAAGCUCAAACUGUAUGGUCUCCAGUUCCACCCGGAGGUUGAUCUCACAGAACACGGUCAAGUUAUGUUCAAGAACUUUCUGUUUGAGAUUGCCAAGUGUAAAGGCAUGUACACGAUGAAGAGUCGCGAAGCUACAUGCAUCGAUUACAUCCGACAGACAGUGGCGGAUCAUAAAGUAUUGAUGUUAGUAAGCGGUGGCGUGGAUUCGACCGUCUGCGCUGCCUUGUUACACAAAGCAUUGAAGGAGGACCAAGUCAUAGCUGUCCAUAUUGAUAAUGGCUUCAUGAGGAAACAUGAAAGUCAGCAGGUCGAGGAGUCGCUCAAGAAGCUCGGAUUGAAACUACGAGUUGUGAAUGCCGCCCAUGCGUUUUACAAUGGAACGACGUCUAUACCUAUCAACAAAUGUGACCCAUCACGGAAACGCCGUACAAAGGCAUUAAACCAGACAACUGACCCAGAGGAGAAACGCCAGAUUAUUGGUGAUACGUUUAUGAGGGUGGCAAAUGAGGUGGUGGAGGAACUGAAGCUAAAACCAGAGGAUGUUUAUCUUGGUCAGGGAACACUGCGACCAGAUCUCAUUGAGUCAGCCUCAGAGUUGGCCAGUAAUAAAGCAGAUGCCAUUAAGACGCAUCAUAAUGACACGGAACUUGUGCGCCAGUUACGGAUCCAGGGCCGCGUCGUCGAACCUCUCAAAGACUUCCACAAGGACGAGGUACGGCAGAUCGGGCGCGAUCUAGGUCUUCCAUCUGAGUUAGUCGAAAGGCAUCCGUUCCCAGGUCCUGGUUUAGCCAUUCGAGUCCUUUGUGCCGAAGAUGCAUAUAUGGAGAAAGAUUUUACCGAGACGAGUAUAGUUUUGAAAAUCAUAGUUGAAUUUAAUAGAGCAGUAAAUAAGCCAAACACGUUUCUCACACGAGUACAGCGAGCCACGUCGGAGACAGAACAGGCCAUUCUCGAGCGAAUCAGUGAAAAUGAAGAUUUCGGUGCUGUCUUAUUACCCAUCAAAACAGUCGGAGUUCAGGGUGAUUGCCGGUCGUACAGUUACGUUGCUGCCUUAUCAAGCUCACGAAAUCCGAAUCGAAAGACGUGGGAGAAUCUCAUGAGCCUCGCCAAAAUCAUCCCUCGAAUCUGCCACAAUGUCAACAGAGUUGUAUACAUAUAUGGUGGUCUUGUAACGGAACCUGUCCAAGACAUCACGCCCACUCUCUUAUCAAAAGGGGUGCUGAGCACGCUCAGACAAGCUGACUUCUUGGUGAAUAAGGUCCUCCAUGACUCGGGUUAUAUGGGGAAAAUUAGCCAAAUGCCUGUGAUUUGUGUUCCAAUCCACUUUAGCCGCGACACAACAUCACUGAAGCCGCCAUCUUGUCAGAGAUCUAUCGUCAUUCGGACGUUCAUCACAGCUGACUUCAUGACGGGGAUCCCUGCUAUGCCUGGCCAACAGAUUCCAAUGGAGGUCGUUGACCAGAUGGUAUCUCAGAUCAUGACGGUGCCAGGGAUAUCCCGGGUGAUGUAUGAUCUUACUGCCAAGCCGCCUGGCACCACCGAAUGGGAAUAGGACCACACACAGUUUAUCCUUUUUGUGUUUCGUUCAAAGCAGUAGAACCUUUCUUAUGGACCCCACUGUAAAGUGGUCACCCUCUUUAUUGGGGACAUUAAAUUUGGACCCAAAUUGGUUGUAUCUAGUCAAUUUCAACGUUGAAAUCUGGACAUCCAUUUUCUGGUCACAUGGGAAAUAAAACCUGUGAAGCAUGGGUACCAGUGGUGACAUCUAUCAUCAAGAGGUAGCUUCACUACCCUCCUCUCCUCAUGUGCUGUAGAAAGGAUAACACAGGUGUCCAUCAGUACAUCUCACCUCAUGACAUGGCUUUCUCCCCUCUUGCCCCUAUCUUCAUCUCCUAAUGCUUCCUCGCAACAUAAUAGAUGUCGCCAAGGGUGUGUCUGAGGGGGAUAUCUUUACUUGUUGGCAUCCUAGGAGGUCCUUAAGAGAGGUUCUGCUCUUCUGUAAACCCCUUUAUUUCCGUGAGCCUGUGACACAAUCACAGACUUUAGGGGAAAGAAAAUGUUUCACUUAAUGGUUUUAUCAUUGGAAAAUGCACCCAGAUGCUAAAAUAAAUGGUUACAGAAUCUGAAAAUAAUGUUUUUGCAAACAUUUGGGGCGACGAAAAUAAGGGGUUUACAGUGGUUUUUUAGCCUGUUUACAACCGCCCCAGUGCUUUCAUUGUCUUGUUUGUUUCAUAUUCUGGAGUAAGGCCGGUUAGACAAAGAGACCUGCCCAAAGUCUCACACCUUGUGUGGGGUUUGAAGCAUGACCCUCUUGACUUCCAGCCAAGAGCCUGAGACACGAGUCAGCAGCCCCUCCAAACGCCUAUGACAUACAAUGUAGCUUUAAGUGGUUUCGGCAUUUAAGAAAAUAAGGUGGAAGUGCAUGAGUUUCGUGACUGGAGCUCCACGUAGUUCCAGUGGAGUUAGGGUUAGGUGCAAUGACUGCCAGGCAAACCGCCCAAAGAUAACAUGUGAAAUAUUGCAUACCACAGUAGCUAGCUCAGCAGAAAUCUCCGCAGCUGAUACAAAAUUACAAAAAACGCAGCUUUUAAUGAAGUUUGGCUUCAUUCCAGUGAACUGUACUCAUCAAAUUCAUCAGCUGUUCACCAUCUUGGUUGUGAUGGUUUUCAACAGAGACCUGGUAGAUAUUAGACGCAGAUGUAUUCCGAGAUGUAAACACCAUAGUUCACACUGUGGUGUUUUCUACCUGGCCACCAAGAGAGCAGACGGUCGGUGUGAUUGGUGAAUCAGCGUGAACAUCAUUGGAGCAUACCGGUGCUUGUGGAGACGAUCGUUAGAGUGGCAUGUUUCUUUGCUUUGAUGAGUUGUAUUAGGUUUGAGGAUUCGAUUGUAGAUAGAAAUGUUUUCCUGCAACAUGAGGAAAAAAAGAUUAUUGUGUCUGUCGUGAUUUGGUUUUUUCAAACAAUGAAUUGGGAAUGUUUACCUACAGAGUUUCUGUUGCAGCAGGACAUCUGAAAGGAGAGCAUUUGUCUUUCCCAAAGCAGCCCUCUAAUACCAUUACAUAUAGAUUAGAGCAGCCCUCUAAUACCAUUACAUAUAGAUUAGAGCAGCUCUCUAAUACCAUUACAUAUAGAUUAGAGCAGCCCUCUAAUACUAUUACAUAUAGAUUAGAGCAGCCCUCUAAUACCAUUACAUAUAGAUUAGAGCAGCUCUCUAAUACCAUUACAUAUAGAUUAGAGCAGCCCUCUAAUACUAUUACAUAUAGAUUAGAGCAGCUCUCUAAUACCAUUACAUAUAGAUUAGUUAUAUUGGCAUUUUGCCUCCUUUUGAACACAGUCACAAAAUAAUCAGCUCACAAAACUCUGCAGAAACAGUGUGCUGCGGACCGCUCAAGUGAUGUCAAAGUCAAGGGGUCACGAUGAUAAUAUACAUUAUUGAUUAUGUUUUGUGUGAAUUUGUAUAUUUGCUCAGUUUGCCAUCAUUCCCAGUUGGUUUAAUACGAUGUGUAAGGAUAAGAGUGACCCAAUAAAGUUUGGAUUAAAUCA